AAUAUUCCACCAACUCAACUCUUGUCCCGAUUCUCAAGGCAUCACUCCCUCGUCUUCUAAAUCAACGGUCACUAUUUCAUCUUCCCAUCUUACGGCUACAGUUCAUCCUCUCCCUCCAUAAUAUUAGGGUUUGUCUUUUUCAAUAGCACACACCAUUUUCACACAUUUUCUUCUUUUCUCGCAUUUUCCGCUUCACUUUCUCGAGAAAAAAAUCAUGGUGAAGGGUCCAGGUCUUUACUCCGAUAUCGGCAAGAGAGCUAGAGAUCUUUUGUUCAAAGAUUAUCAGAAUGACCACAAGUUCACAAUCACCACUCAGACUUCAACUGGAGUUGAAAUCACUUCAUCUGGAGUCAGGAAAGGUGAGAUAUUUUUGGCUGAUGUCAGUACUAAGUUGAGGAACAAGAACAUCACCACUGAUGUUAAAGUUGACACUAACUCAAAUCUACUCACAACCAUUACUGUGGAUGAACCUGCACCUGGACUCAAGACAAUUUUUAGCUUCAUUUUUCCAGAUCAAAAAUCUGGCAAGGUGGAACUACAGUACCAGCAUGAUUAUGCUGGGAUCAGUACUAGCAUUGGUUUGACAGCAAGUCCCAUUGUGAACUUCUCUGGUGUGCUUGGGAACAAUUUGGUUUCUGUUGGAUCAGAUGUUUCCUUUGAUACUUCAACUGGCGACUUUAUCAAGUACAAUGCAGGGUUGAAUGUCACUCAUGCUGACCUUAUUGCAUCUCUGACUCUCAAUGAUAAAGGUGACACCCUUAAUGCCUCGUAUUACCAUGUUGUGAGCCCACUUACAAACACUGCUGUUGGAGCGGAGCUUUCACAUACCUUUUCCAGCAAUGAGAAUAUACUGACCAUCGGCACACAACAUGCUCUUGACCCCAUAACCUUGUUGAAAGCUCGGGUGAACAAUUAUGGCAGGGCAAGUGCUGUGAUCCAGCAUGACUGGAGUCCAAAAGCACGUUUCUCUCUCGUUAGUGAAGUUGAUACUGCGGCUAUUGAUAAGAGUGCAAAGGUUGGUCUUGCUGUGGCCUUGAAGCCUUAGACUUGAUGAUGUUGUGAUUGAUAGGUUGCAUAUCUGGUGGUGGAGGCAAUAAGUUGAGUUGUAGGGUUUAACUUCCCAAUGAACCUUUUGUCCUUCAUUUUGGAGCUAUUAAUUUGUUCAUGUUUUGGUUGGUUCAGGGUGCAAAAUCAAUAAGCACAGGACAAUAUUCAAAUUUGUAGUUAUUAAACAAAUUCACCUGAACCUGAUUGAUUUAGAUGCGCCUUUGAGUAAGUUUGAGUAUGGAAGGAGUCAUGCAAUAUGAAUGAUGUUGAGUAUAUAUCGAAAAUUUGAUUUAUGCAUUGUGCAA